GUCAUGAAUUUUUCUUGAAGCGCGUUGCCGAUGGGCAUAUAGUUUCUGUCCGAAUCUGCGACUUUUGCAGAAUGCGGUCUUCACUCGUUUCGGCGCGGAUAUGUCCCUUGUGCCUCUUCACAGCAUUGCCCCGUACCCCUCCGAGUGUUUUCAGGCCAUGGGCUUCCCCACGAUUCUACACGCCCUCAAGAGGAGGAGGGAGGAUUGGUGGAGGUCCAAGGAGGUCGAGCCCGUCUCGCAUGGUGCUUUCCGAUAACGUUUCACGAUCGCCUUCUUUCCGAGAUGGACGAGGAAGGGAUGGCGAAAAGCCGCGGAGGAGCUCUCCUGGGCCUUUCGGCGGCAUGAAUGUGACAUCUUUUCAGGGACGAGCAUCGGCGGCACCAAGGCCGACAAGAUCCAGAGGAAGAGAUGGGCAAGGUGACCGGAGGACCAAGGCUAUGAAGAUGCAGAGUUCAUUGGCGUCAGUGUCCUACGGCCACAGGUCACGGAUGAAGGCCAACAUCAGCGAAAUUGAUACCUUCGACAAGCUCGAUCUACUACCCGCGGUCAAAACUGCAGUCGCUGAGGAGGUACUCAAAGGCAUGACAGACAUCAAGCCCACACCUGUCCAGCGACUUGCAAUUCCGGCUUUGCUAGGUCAAGAAUUCGGACGGAGAUCACGGACGAAGAACAUGCCUGGGCGACAGGAAUUUCUGCUCGCAGCAGAGACGGGAUCGGGAAAGACUCUGGCCUAUCUCCUUCCAGUCAUCAAUGCGCUGAAGGAGGCAGAAGCUGCCGAUCCUCACAUCGCAAAGUACCGCGAAUACUUUGCCAAGCAAAUGGCAGCCAUCAGGGAACCUGGCUACACUGGACCCCGCGAAAUUGACCCGCAUCCGACCACCGCCCGCCCGAGAGUUGUGGUGCUUGUUCCUACUGCGGAACUAGUCGACCAGGUCGGCGCGGUAGCAAAGUCGCUCUCACACUCGGUCAAGUUCAAGACGGAUCUGUUUUCGGCAAGUGUCUCGGCCAAGGUGAUCAACAGAAACAUGUACUCUCCUUCAGGCAUCGAUCUUAUUGUGACGACACCGCAUUUGCUUUCAUCAAUCGCCGAAUCGGACCCUAAUAUUCUAUCGCGGGUCAGCCAUCUGGUGAUCGAUGAGGCCGACUCCCUUUUUGACCGGAGUUUCACUCCGGUAACCACGUCCAUUUUGGAUCGUUGUCUACCUUCGGUGAAGCAACUGAUUCUCUGCUCGGCGACAAUCCCCAAGAGGCUGGACAAUUUUUUGGCAAUCCAAUUCCCAGAUAUGGUCCGUAUCACCACGCCGAACCUGCAUGCGAUCCCCCGUCGAGUGCAACUAGGUGUCAUCGACGUUUCCAAGGAUCCCUACCGCAACAACAAGAAUCUGGCCUGCGCGGAUGCAAUUUGGUCUAUUGGCAAAGAUGCCGCAUCACACGAAGGAGCAGUGCCCGGAGAGAUCGAUAUCAAGCGCAUCAUGGUUUUUGUGAAUGAACGCGAGAAAACGCAGGAAGUUGCUGAAUACCUCGUGUCCAAGGGCAUCGACGCCGUAGCUCUGCACCGAGAUACCUCGGAGGAGCGCCAGUCGGAGAUGCUGGGGUCAUUCACCACGACGGAACCGAUGAAGACGACUUCAAAGCCGACGGCUAUCCCGGGUGCAAGACGGACGCUACCAAACACCAAGGUCAUUGUCGCGACGGAUCUGGCUUCCCGUGGCAUCGACACCCUUGCGGUGCGACACGUGGUUUUGUACGAUGUACCGCAUACCACCAUUGAUUUUAUCCAUCGACUGGGCCGCGCUGGACGCAUGGGCAGACGUGGUAGAGGUGUUGUCCUGGUGGGCAGGGACGACAGGAUGGACAUUGUUGCCGAGGUCAGAGAGAGCAUGUUCAUGGGGCAGGCAUUGAUUUAGAAGCGACUCGGGAUGUGUAUCACGGAGCCAAAGCAUUGUACAACCAUGUAUGAAUAAUUUCCUGUGUGCGAUAUAGACUGUAAGCGUAAUUAUGAGGCUUCUCGUCUCUCCUCAACACUGUAGCAGAGGAUUUGACUCCUUU